AUGGCUUCUCUUACUUUUGCUACGACCAAUGAGGAUAUGGCCUUCGGCCAGAACGGGAUCGGUGUUUUUGGAGGCUUCACGAUGAAAGAGAUCAUUUUCACUCACGUUCUCAUCGCAUUUACCGCCAACAAGAAGCAUGACCAACCAAUGUCCCAAGUUAUAGUUUCACUUGCCGAGUACCUCGAUCGUACGCCGACAAAUAUAUCCAACCACCUUCCCGAGGUUGCGAUAGCUAUGGGGGCGGAUAGUCCUCGUCGUGUUCAGGAUGUGAUCCUUCGAGGCUGGUGGCCUGAGGAAUUCGCGAGAGGGGUUACAUAUGCCUCGGCGAAUGCUCAGCCUUUGUUGGAGCAUCAGAAGGGGACUUCGGCUAUGACGACGGUGUUUGCGCUCAUGACUGCCUUUGCGACUUUGACUCUAAUCUUGAGGAUUUGGAGUCGAGAAAUUUUGGUUAUGAGGUUGAUGAUGCAUGAUUGGUUUAUGGUUCUUGGAUUUAUUCUAUCCUUGACAUAUGGAAUUAUUAGUCUUCUUCAUGCCUCUUUACUACAACCCGCCGUAGCUAUCUGGGAUAUGAGCUGGAAUACAUAUUCACAGGUCCAUAUGUAUCAAACUGUUCUAUCCUUGGUCUAUCCUCUCCCUCUCUUCUUCAUCAAGACAUCCCUCUUGUUAUUCUAUCUCCGUCUUUGCCCUUCUUGCCCCUCGGAGAUCCGCAGCGUCUUCCGUACUUCCAUCUUUGUUACCUUUUUCUUCAUCUUGACGACCUGCGUGACCAACUUUUUUGUUAUUCUUUUGCAAUGCGACCAGCUCGCAUACUGGGAGGCGGAAGCUACGAUCAUGUGCAAGCUCGAUUCCAAAAUGGCACAGAUUGCACUUGGCGGCGUUAGUGUUGUAACGGAUAUCUUGUUGUGGUUGAUGCCCUUACCGGUUGUUUUUCAAUUGGAUUUGGGAAAAAGAGAAAAGGUUUUGGCGGUUGUUACCUUUGGUAUUGCUGCUAUUGCUUGUGUCGUAUCUGCCUUCCGUCUGCGUGCAAUCCAGAUGUACGGCUAUGUAACAGAUGGAAAGCUUCUAAGCGUCAACGUCAGCAUUCUUACUGUUGUCGAACUUAACCUCGCAAUCAUCUGUUCUUCUGCCCCUGCAAUCCGGGCAUUGAUCAUCCACUACGCACCCCGUCUUCUUAAUGUCUACUCCCAAUCUACUCGUCGUGUUCGUCGCCCAUCAGAUAAAGAUAUUAAACAAUUGGAGUUAAGCAACAGCUCUGAGGAAGAAGAUGAUGGAAGUACCACUUAUACUAUUUCGGUUGGUAUUAAUGUCAGGCAGGGUGAUUAUCCGAUGAGUCCUGGUGGGGGUGCUGUGACCUUGGGUGGGGGGUUGAGGCCCGGGGAUGUGGAGAAGGGGAGUCCGGUUGGGUCUGUGAGGAGUAUGAGGAGACUGGCGUAA